CAUAGCAGCAACACUUCGCGUAUUGUUUUCCUUUUAGCUUAGGUAUUUAUCAAAAAUAAAUAUAAUGAGUCCAAAUUUAGAAGAUCAAAUGCCGGACUAUUCGAGUGUAGAGCCCCCCAACAAUGACCACAUUACGCUGACACUUACUCCACUAUCAGAUAUGAGUGCCUCGACAUCCUAUUCUGAUGAGAUUGAAUCGAUUGAAAGUGAAGUGAAUGAAAACGAAGAAGUACCUCUUGAAUCUGAUGAAAUAUCCGUAGCGGUAGUAGCUGCAGCUAUUAGGAAUUAUGUUCCAAUGGAACACAAUAUUCGUGAGCUUCUGGUUCAAGUAUCAAACACUGAACAACUGGAAACUGUAACUCAAAUAAAACUUAGAGUCAUAGCCAGGGAAUUGGCUCUGCAACAAUUAGGAGCUUAUUUGCCAGCUUUGCGGGAGCUUAUUUUAGAUGGGAGCAUAAUAUCUUCAUUGCGUGAUCUUGGCUAUGGAUUGAAAAACCUGAAAAUCCUUAGAGUGAAUAGGUGUCAAUUGCCUUGUAUUGAUGGCAUGCUUGGGUUUGAAUAUUUAGAAGAAUUGUACGCAGCAGAUAAUUCAAUAAGGGACUUAUCAGCUUGUGCUUUUUUGUCCAACUUGAAAAUAGUAGAUGUUAGACGGAAUUCUAUUAGACACCUGGGGUCACUAAAUUUUUUGAGUUUAUGUCCGGAGCUCACUCACCUCUUUUUGGAUGGCAAUGAAGCUUUGGAAGGACAACCUAGGUAUAAAAAUUUAAUUGGGCGUAUGUUACCUCAAGUACAGAUGCUGAAUGGUGAAUUAUUAGUAAGAGAUGAAAUUGAUGAUAAUGAGUCGGAAGAUGAAAUUUCGGUAGAAGACUUAGAAGAAGAUGACAAGAAUGCUGAGGAUCCUGAUAAAAUUGAAGUUCCAAAGAGAAUACUUUUUGCUGCAGAACGAUUAACAGCCCUUUCCAGACCAACACCCAGAAACCAUCAAGCAUCUGGUUUCACAAUCCGCUUUCCGCCGAAAGUUUGCGUCGAUAAUGGAAAUAUUAGAUCCACUGAAAGUUAAAUAACUAGUAGGUAGAUAGAUAUACCUACUAGUCUAUUACUACCUAUCUAAAUAUUUAAUUUAGUUGACAGUUCAAAAAAGCUGACCUUGCCCCAUAAUUUUUUUAGAAAACAAAAAAGUAAUAUAAU